AUUGGCAUCCAAAUUGUGUCCAAGGCAUAACAUCAUUUCAUCUCCAUAGUUCAUCACAUAUGUGAUAUCAUAUGUUUAUGUGGCUCUAUCCGACUUCACUCCCCCUCUUAGAGGUUCCGUUUCAGUGUUCACACACUUCAGUUCUCAAGCCAUUCAACUUCCAGCUAUAUACAGUUUUAACAAUUACUACUACUACUAAAGCUCUUCUUGCACUUCGCCGCUUUAUGAUAAUAUGUUCUCAUCAAGAUCACUUUCUUCUCCUAAUUUUACCCAAAACCUUCUUAUAAACCAGGUUUUAGCUGCAAUUAUCCGAAAUCGGCCGUUUGAAACAAAUGUCGCAGCCUCAAUUCCCAACCAACCCAUUUGGACUGUAGAAGCAGUUUCUCAAGUCCUAAGAUCAAUCCCCAUAUACCUCUUCCAAUCUCCAAGAUCCAUUGGCCGCCAAAGUGGGUUUCGCCACCGUACCCCAUUAAAGCAAAGAAACCUAAGAGAAGAAUUCCAUAAGGCCCGAAAACGGGUACUCAUUCUUGGCCCAGCUGCUCAUAGAGAUCCUCAAAAUGUACAGCUAGGCGUGGACAAAGCUCUAGAAUUUUUCCAUUGGGUUGAGACCCAUGGUGGGUUUACUCACAAUGAGCUCACGUGCAAGGAGAUGUCUCUUGUUCUUGCUAAAGGGGGUUGUAAAUUGAAACUCAUUUGGGAAUUUCUCAAAAAAAUGUCAAGAAAAGGGCUCGUUACGACACCGACCGUUACAUGUUUGAUAAAAUGCCUAGGAGAAGAAGGGUUAGUGGAAGAAGCAUUGGCUACCUUUUAUAGAAUGAAACAGUUUCACUGUAAGCCUGAUGUGUAUGCUUACAACACUCUAAUAUUAGCUCUUUGUAGAGUUGGGAAUUUCAAGAAAGCCAAGUUUCUGUUGGAGCAAAUGGAGUUGCCGGGGUUUAGGUGCCCACCUGAUGUGUUCACUUACACAAUCUUGAUUAGCUCUUAUUGUAGGUAUGGUUUAGAAACUGGCUGUAGAAAAGCUAUUAGGAGGAGAAUAUGGGAGGCGAAUCACUUGUUUCGCCUUAUGCUGUUCAAAGGAUUUGUUCCUGAUGUUGUAACUUAUAAUAGUUUGAUCAAUGGAUGCUGCAAAACGAAUAGGAUAGAGAGGGCAUUGGAGUUGUUGGAUGAAAUGGUGAAAAGGGGUAUUGCACCUAAUCGAAUUACGUAUAAUUCUUUCAUUAGGUACUACAGUGCUACUAAUGAGAUUGAUAAGGCUAUUGAGAUGCUGAGAAGAAUGCAAGGAAUGGAUGAUGGAGUAGUAGCAUGUAACAGUUCAUAUACACCGAUAAUUCAUGCCCUGUGUGAAGCUGGUAGGGUGGUGGAGGCGAGAGAUUUUCUUGUGGAAUUGGCUGAACAUGGUUCAAUUCCUAGAGAAUAUACUUAUAAACUAGUUCGUGAAUCUGCUGGGAAGAUUGAUUUACUUGAUGCAGAAUUUUGUAGGCGAUUAGAAGAUGGUAUUAAAGGUAGGAUUAGACAAGUGAUGAAAAUGAAACCUUUGUUGCAGCAUGAAAGUAUUUCUUAGCAUUGAAUAUUAAGCUUUUUAUGGAUUCUGAUCUUAUAAAAGAUAUAGGAUUUAACUUA